GAGAUGCUGGAGCGCAAGUAUGGCGGGUACUUCCUGAGCCGGCGGGCGGCGCGCACAAUCCAGACGGCAUUCAGGCAGUACCGCAUGAACAAGAACUUCCAGCGCCUGCGCAGCUCCGCCUCCGAGAGCCGCAUGUCACGACGCAUCAUCCUGUCAAACAUGCGGCUGCAGUACUCCUUCGAGGGGCAAGGGCAGGGGCAGGGGCAAUACCCCUCCAGCAACCUCUCUGCAGCGGGAGCGGGGGACUUGCAGCACCGUGACAGCCCUGCGGGGGGCGCCGAGUACAGGAACGACAUGUCUGAGCUGGAGGACAGCUUCUCCAAGCAGGUGAAGUCCCUGGCAGACUCCAUUGACGACGCACUCACCUGCCACCCCUCUCACACAGACCCCCGAGAGGCGGGGGGAGGAGAGGGGGAAGGAUUCGGAGAGGAGGAGGAGGAAGAAGAGGAGGAAGAAGAGGAAGGAGGGGGAGGGGAACGGGUCUGGGGGGGGAACCCGACCUCCCGGAGCAGGCAGCAGCAGCAGCAACAGCACGAGGACAGCACUGCCACCUCGUUCAGCGACGUGACUCUGUACAUGGAGGAUGGGCUGCCCUCCUCCCCCCUCUCCCUGGACCGGGCCCCCAGCAGCACAGACACCGAGUACUGGGGGCCGGGGGGCGGAGGAGGAGGGGGGGGGUGCAGGGAGGACAGCCGGGAGACGGAGGGCAGCCGCAGGAGCACGCCCUGUACAGAGUGCCGGGAUUACAGGCUCCGAGGGGCGCACCUGCCCCUCCUCACCAUCGAACCCCCCAGCGACAGCUCCGUGGACAUGAGCGACCGCUCCGACCGGGGCUCCCUGAGCCGCCAGCUGGGCUAUGAGCCGGAGGCGGCUGGGUCAGGGUCCCCGCAGGGCACCCUGAAACACAGGCAGGGCCCGCAGGGGCAAGCCAGGGCCAGCGGGGGGAGGUCUCACCACCCUAACCACUCCUACCACUCUCACCAGCACCAGUACCCCGACCCCCCGGCCAGCCUGCCCGGGCUGCCAACUCUCCCAGCGAUGCCGGUGCUUCCCCCCUCUGGGGGGGGCGGGCCUAACAACGGGGGGGGCGGGCCGGCUCUGAACAACGUGAGCAACGUGACGGUCACCAGCAGCGAGGCCUGCUGCUCCGAUGGAGAUAACGACUCUCUGAACAGCACCACCAACUCCAACGAGACCAUCAACUGCAGCUCGGGCUCCUCGUCCCGGGACAGCCUGCGCGAGCCCCUGCCCCCCCUGGGCAAGCAGACCUACCAGCGGGAGAGCCGGCACAGCUGGGACUCGCCAGCAUUCAACAACGAUGUGGUGCAGAGGAGGCAGUACAGGAUCGGGCUGAACCUCUUCAACAAGAAGCCUGAGAAGGGGAUCCAGUACCUGAUCGAGCGUGGUUUCGUGUCGGACACGCCCGUGGGAAUCGCUCACUUCAUCCUGGAGAGGAAGGGGCUGAGCAGGCAGAUGAUAGGAGAGUUCCUGGGGAACCGGCAGAAACAAUUCAACAAGGACGUGCUAGAGCUAUACUGUGUGUAUGUGUGUGACCCUGUGGAUUGUAUUGUGUGUUCUCUCCUCAGUCAGCGAUACUGUGUGUGUAACCCCGCGCUCAUCAGGCAGUUCCAGAACCCCGACACGAUCUUCAUCCUGGCCUUCGCCAUCAUCCUCCUCAACACUGACAUGUACAGCCCGAGCGUCAAGGCUGAGAGGAAGAUGAAACUCGACGACUUCAUCAAGAACCUCCGAGGGGUUGACAAUGGUCAGGAUAUUCCUCGUGAUCUCCUGCUGGGUAUUUACCAGCGCAUUCAGAAGUGGGAGCUUCGCACCAACGAUGACCACGUGUCUCAAGUGCAGGCGGUAGAGAGAGUCAUCGUGGGAAAGAAACCGGUCCUGUCUCUCCCUCACCGUCGCCUGGUGUGCUGCUGUCAGCUGUACGAGGUGCCCGACCCCAACCGACCCCAGAGGACAGGGGUGCACCAGAGAGAGGUGUUCCUGUUCAACGACCUGCUCGUGGUGACGAAGAUCUUCCAGAAGAAGAAGACCUCGGUGACCUACAGCUUCCGACAAUCUUUCCCAUUGGUGGAGAUGCAGAUCCACCUGUUCCAAAACUCCUACUAUGCUCACGGUAUCAGGCUCACCUCCUCCAUCCCCGGGGGGGAGAGGAAGGUCCUGAUCAUCUUCAACGCUCCCAGCCAGCAGGACCGCACCCGCUUCACCAGCGACCUGAGAGAGAGCGCGGCAGAGGUGCAGGAGAUGGAGAAGUACAGAGUGGAGUCUGAGCUGGAGAAGCAGAAGGGAGUGAUGCGUCCCAGCCUCACGGGGGCGGGUCCCACACUGGGGGGCGGGGUUAAGAACAACGAGGCAGUGAACGGAACCCUGAGCCGGCCCAGUCUGGACGACAACUACACCACGGGGGAGGGACUUAAGCGCACUGCGCUCAGCUCAUCACUCAGGGACCUAUCAGAGACAGGCAAGCGAGGCCGCAGGAACAGCGUGGGAUCACUGGACAGCACCAUGGAAGGCUCCAUUAUUAGCAGCCCUCACCCUCAUCACCAGCGUUUCCUGCCUCCCCAACACCCUCCCCCGGGCCCCCCAGGGAGCUGCUUCUCUCCCCCUGAUGAGUACCGCUUGCACCGGCCCCUCCCGGCGGGAUUACCCAGCAGCGGCACCUCCAGCGCGGGGAUCAGCAGUGCGCCCAGCCCCGGUACCAACAACACCUCCGGCUCCUUCCUGGGCUCCCUGUUCGGAAACAAGCGCUCCAAACCGCCCCCCCUCAUCCCCGCCCUGGGAGAAUGGGCCGGGGGCAUGGGGGGGGGUGCCCCCCCCCCCGGGGGGGGGAGUGUCGGGGAGGAGGGUCCCGAGCACGCUUCCGCCCGUCAGCUUCUAGGUCCGGCACGUACGAAGAUCCAUGCAGUGCAUGCAGAGCGACCGUGUCCCAGACCGUCCCACUGGCACUCGGUCGGCGGAGGGGGUGAUGGUGGUAGUGGUAUCUAUGGUGCUACCACCAUCACCAUACCUGGCCACGGCAGGGGGGAGGAGGGACCGGAGGUCUCCCCGAGAGACAGUUCGCACCCGGGGCUCCGUCCGAGAGUCGGCCCGGAGUGGCUCUCGUAUGGGCCUAGGUCCCGGGCGAUGCGGUUGGAGAGGCGGGCUACGCCAACCUCUCCCCGGUCCGUGGGUGGACACGGGGGAGGGGGAGCCCCCUGA